AUGAGCGAGCUGUACAGCAAGGCGGAGACCUUGGAGCUGAGGCGAAGGCACAUCGGACCUUCAUGCAAAGUUUUCUUUGCUAAAGACCCUAUCAAGAUAGUGCGUGCUCAGGGGCAGUAUAUGUAUGAUGAGAACGGAGAAAAAUACCUGGAUUGCAUCAACAAUGUCGCACAUGUUGGCCACAGCCAUCCAGAUGUGAUAAAGGCUGCAGUGAAACAGAUGGAACUGCUCAACACCAAUUCCCGAUUCCUGCAUGACAACCUUGUCCAGUAUGCAAAGCGCCUCACAGCCACCCUACCAGAGAAACUCUCCAUUUGCUAUUUUGUUAACUCUGGAUCUGAAGCCAAUGAUCUCGCCUUACGACUGGCUCGGCAGUAUCGUGGACACCAAGAUAUGAUCACCCUUGACCAUGCUUACCAUGGUCAUGUUUCUUCUCUGAUUGACAUUAGUCCAUAUAAAUUUAAUCAGCUGGGGAAGGAGGGCAAAAAAGAGUUUGUGCAUGUGGCUCCUUCUCCAGAUAUCUACAGAGGAAAAUACAGGGAAGAUCAUCCAGAUCCAGCAAGUGCUUAUGCAGAUGAUGUGAAAAAGAUUAUUGAAGAAGCUGAGAAGAAUGGGCGCAAGAUUGCGGCCUUUAUUGCUGAAUCCAUGCAGAGUUGCGGAGGCCAAAUAAUUCCACCUGCAGGCUACUUCCAGAAAGUGGCAGAAUAUGUGCAUAAGGCAGGUGGCAUAUUCAUAGCUGAUGAAGUCCAGGUUGGUUUUGGUCGAGUUGGGAAACAUUUUUGGGGUUUCCAGUUGCAAGGCAAAGACUUCGUACCUGACAUUGUCACCAUGGGAAAGCCAAUUGGCAAUGGCCAUCCAAUGUCUUGUGUGGUUACAACAAGAGAGAUUGCUGAAGCCUUCGGUGCCUCUGGAUUGGAGUAUUUCAACACGUUUGGAGGCAAUCCAGUGUCCUGUGCUAUUGGCUUGGCUGUGCUUGAUGUAAUUGAAAAAGAAGAUCUCCAAGGAAAUGCCAUACGAGUAGGGAAUUAUCUAACAGAGCUGCUGAACCAACAAAAGGAAAAACAUCCUUUAAUAGGAGAUGUCAGGGGUAUCGGUUUGUUUGUUGGAGUAGAUCUGGUGAAGGAUCAACAAAAGAGAACACCUGCAACAGCUGAAGCCCAGCAUAUCAUCUACAAACUGAAAGAACAGCGGAUCCUUCUGAGUGCUGAUGGACCCCAUAGAAACAUUCUGAAAUUUAAACCACCGAUGUGCUUCACUAUGGAAGAUGCAAAGCUUGUAGUGGACCAGAUUGAUGAACUCCUCACAGCUUUGGAAGAAGCAACUGGAGCCAGGACAGGAAAUGGAAGAUCUUCAACUGCACAACAUAAAAGAAAAAUGACUAAUGAAGGGAAUUCCCAGUCAGACUGUAUUAGUGAAAGCAUCAACCAUAUCAACGGAACUGCCUGCAGACAAAAAAAUGGCUUGUACACUGAUAACCAUGCAGUGCCUUGUAAAAGGAUCAGAACAUGA